CUGCAUCUUCUUUCUUCUGUCUCCUUCUUCUUCUUCUUUUAUAUUUCUUUUAUCAUUCUUCUCUCUCCUUCUUCUUCUUUCUUUCACGAUUCCCCUCCUCUCCUCUGCUUCUCUCUUCUGCAGUUCUUCUCUCUUCUUCAGUUCUUCUUCUUUCUUCUUCUUCCUUAGCCAGUCAACCCCAAGCCCCCAACUUUGCUCCUCCUCCAAAAACUAGAGAUCAGCCCGUCCAUUAUUCCUCAUUUCCUCUACCUCUCGCUCUUCAAGUUCAACUCCGGCGCCGUCAUCGUGCUCGUUCUCUUCGUCCUCCUCCGCUGCCGUCGCCACAGUCACCGCAAGUCGUGCACGACAUCAGGAACUAAAAGAACCCACGAUCUUUCUUCUCUUUUCCCAGCAAUCCAAAUCUCUUCUCCCUUUGAUUUUUCAAAGCCAAAAACCUUUCUGGCUUUCUUUUCUUAUCAAUCUUUUUUUUUUUUUUCAAAGACGGGUUGGGCCCGAAAGCCCGAAAAAACAGGCCCGCUUGUCCCGGUCCGGGUUUAGCCCGGUCCCUAUUCUCUGGAACUGCAAGCCCGGCCCGAAAAAAAAAAGCCGGUCCCGGUCCCGGUUCCAGCAAAUCCAGUGCCGGUCUGGGACCGUGCCCAGCCCUAAAUGGUUGGAUUUAUCUCACAAUCAAAUAAGCGGAAAGCUUCCGUUCCGAUUCAACUCUUUUCCGAAUCUAGUUUGGAUAAUUUUGAACCAUAAUCAAUUUGAUGGCACUAUUCCAUCAUCUAUUUGUAGCAUUCAAUCUCUAUAUGUCCUUAUUCUGAAUAACAAUCAAUUAUCCGGAGAAUUCCCUAAAGAAUGGAGUUUGUGGAGUAGGAUAGGCCUUGUGGAUGUCUCAAACAACAAUAUGUCUGGUAAUAUUCCUCAUCAUUUUUGCAGUCUUCCUUUCAUUCAGAUCCUAGACCUUAGUCACAACAGAUUUUCAGGGACUAUUCCCAAGUGUUUGAAUAAUUUGGUCGGCUAUGGUUAUGGAGCCUGGACGUUCUUGACUUCUCAAGUCGGUUAUGGAGCCUGGACGUUUUGGACUUCUCGAGUCGGCUAUGGUGGCUAUGGAAUCUGGAUGGUCACUGGUGGUCAUAUGGUAACAACUGUGACUGUAAACGGAAGAGCAAGUGAAUACUUCAAUAACAAUGCGAGGCUUCUAUUCAUUAUUGAUUUUUUAAGUAAUGAUUUAGAAGGUGAAAUUCCUGAAGAAAUCUGCAGCCUCGUUGGAUUAGGUACAUUAGACCUGUCCAUGAAUCAAUUAAGUGGAAAUAUUCCCUCAAAAAUUGGAAACUUGCACUUGCUCGAAACACUUGACCUCUCCCAGAACCAGCUUUCAGGACAGAUCCCACAAAGUCUCGCUUCUCUUACCUUCUUGUCUCACUUGAACUUGUCUUCCAACAAAUUGACCGGAAGAAUUCCUUCGGGCAACCAACUUCAGACGCUCGAUGAUUCAUCUAUUUAUGAGGGCAAUCCUUCACUCUGUGGAUUUCCUCUCUCAAAAUGCCCAGAAGAUGGAGACAACAUGCUUACAUGCAUGGGCCUCAUGAAGCUGAAUUUGAUGAUGAAAAGCUUGGUUUAUAUACUAGCGCGGUGCUUGGCUUUAUCAUAGGCUUUUGGAGUGUUUGUGGCACAUUGAUAUUGAAGAAGUCAUGGAGGUAUGCUUAUUUUCAAUUUUUUGACCACAUCAAAGAGAAAGUAGCACUAGCAAUUGCAUUGAAAGUAGCUCGUUUGAAAGCAAGGUAGUGAUCGGAAACAAAACAAAAAGAUAGUAGUUAUAUAAUAUGCUUGCUGAUUUUUAUCUGUACUAUCUAUGCAGUAAUGUACGAUGUAAAUUUCCUUAUGAACUUUGUUGUUUGAUUAGAUGUUGCUGUUGUUAUUUUGAUAACGGCAGCAAUGAUUUAGUGGGAGUGACGU